CGCGCGCGGCGCGCUCGUCAUGGGAGAGCGGCUGGCGAAGAAUCCAGAGACGAUGAAGAACAUGCAGGCGGCAGCGGCUGGCUUUCGCGCGGUGGGGGACAAGUUCCGGUUGUCGAGUUUGAUGGACCGGGUGAAUGAGAUGCGCGGCGGGUCCGCGUGCGGCUUCGAGGCCAAUAUGAGCCGGAGAGAGGCGUCGCAGAUCCUCGGCAUCCGAGAGAGCGCCACGAAGGCGCAGAUCAAGGACGCGCACCGCAAAAUCAUGCUGCUCAACCACCCGGACCGAGGAGGCUCGCCCUUCAUCGCCACGAAAAUCAACCAGGCUUCCGAGGUGAUGAUGGGGCAGGACCGCUCUUCCGGCUCCGCCUUUUCGUGAGGGAGGGGGAAGGGGUAGGAUGCUAGAGAUCGCUCAGACGCCUUGCGCAGUGCACGGAGGUAGCGCAGAGAGAGACGACGACAAACAACAGGUGCGGAGUGAGCGGCUGUCCCGUUCGUGUGGAGGUGCCUCUUGCUCGGCUGUGCCUCAACCCUCGCACCCGGAUCGACCACCAUCCCUUGCUCUUUUGCCUUGCUCGUGCGCUGCUGGUUCUGCCUCGGCGGGGCCGCGCGGAGAACGGCCUGAUUUUAUUUUCCUGCUCGCGGGGAAGGCCCGGGCCCUACGGCCCUGUCGCCUGUGCCGUCAACCCUGACUACUCAUGUGUUAUAUACCGCCCUUGGGUCUGUGUUUUCGUACGUGCAAUACGAUAUCAGCUAGAAGACACGGGUUCAGUCAAA